CUCACUAGGCUCACCCACUAGCUCUCUCUUUCUAUGGUUUCUUUUGAGAUCUCGAAUAGAAUUUUGCUUUGUAGGGCGUAAUCAGGAGAAGCUGAAUUGUUUCUUCGUUUCCUCAUUGCGAUUCGUUCUUUAAGUAAAUGAAUAUUGGAUUUAUUGGUGCGAAUUUAAUGACCUCAUUAGAGGCUCCUAGACCGCCUUAAGUGCUUUCCAAUUAGCGAUAGGAGCAACUAAUGACCCUUCAAUUUUUAUUGUGUAGUGAAUCAUAAUUGUGCUUUCUUGUGUUUUGCAAGAACCCUAAUGUUGCAUUGUUUGCAUUGCAGGAUAUACCAUUGAUGGCUUGUGACCCCUGGGGCCCAUCAUUACCUGGAGAAGAAAGCAGCUAUUGCAUACAACCAGAAUGGCAGUAUGACUUUUACUUCGGUUAUGGCAUUGAUAUGAUUGAAGAAAAUGCAUUGAACGAGAAAUCUUGUGUUCAAGUGCUGAGGAUAUUGAUUGCAAAAGCAGAUACUGAAAUUGAUGAACUUGAAAAGGAUUUGGUGUUGCUCCAAAGUGAACUGGUCUGGGAUGAACAUGAAGAAUGGCAUGACAUCUGCUGUAAUGCCUUGAGAUCAAAGAUCAACUGCCUUGAUAUUUCAAUAAAGAAAUUGAGGAGCAAGGAUGAGAAUGACAUUGAGGUUUCCUUAUUGAUGCAUACGGAACCUGCUGAGAAGUUGCAUGAAAUAGUGAAGGCCCUGCUCAAAAGCUUCUGUCAUGAGGAAAAUGAGCAGAAUGAGCAAUCUCAGGAUUUUGUCUUGCAUUCAAGGUCUGGUUCUCCAGACAACUCAGUUGUUCUGCGUAAGGACCAAAAAUCAAGCUCUUCAGAUCCAUCUUCCAUUGCGAAGGAGGAAAACAAUGGACUCAAUGUUACUCCCAAAGAAAAAUUUACUCCAUUAAGUCCAUCUUUGCAGCUUGAAGUGAAGGAAGCAAAUAGUUCGGAAACACUAGCCUAUGCUGAGGUCAAUGAUAUGAUGCUGAACUCCCUGCUGCCAGCAGCUGGUCAAUUUGAUGAGAAGAGCAUUGGAACCAUGCUUGAUUUAGAAACUAUCAAGAAACACAAAGAAAGUGAUCAUACUAUUAAGGACAACAAUGCAAUCCAGCAUUUUUCUCCCCAGUCUGCUCAGAAGAGAACGAAUAGCAUAAACGGGACUAAGGUUAAGGAUGCAGCUGCACAGUGUGUGAAUAAGUCAGACCUGGAUGCUUCAAAGCAUUCAGCUGGCCACCUGAACAAGAAGAAAAAGUUAAAUUCUUCUAGUUUGGAAGUCGUGAGUGAGGAAGCAACAAUGCACACUUCUAUAUCAGCUGCAGAUAAGUUAAUCCCAGAUUCAUCAUCAGAUUCAACGGGGAUAACAGCAGAUCUUAGCAAUAAAGUAAAGGAUGAGCUGCUUGAAAAUACCAUUGCCAAAGAUUUGGGCUCGAUAGCUCAAAAACAGACAACUGGCCACUCUGAUGUGAUGAAAAUAUGCACACAUGAUCUGAAAGUUAAUGGAUGUGAAAUGAAAGGAUGUAAUACAACUACUAUCGGAAAAAAUAAUAUGUCAAAUUCAUGUUUGAAUCCUGAACAUGAAGGAAAUAUUCAGGAAGCAGAUAAGGUAGAAAAUCUAACAUGUGAUAUGGAGCAAAAGCUAUGUGACUUUGCUGUGAAAUCUGCACGCAAACAAGGCAUCAAAGAGUUUAAAGUAGCGUCAACUAACAAGAAUCAGUUUUCAAAUUCAUUAUUCAAGGGAGACGAGAAGAGAAAAGACUCUUUACCAGUUGUGAUGCGAAAAGAAGAUGCUCUGAGUUACAAUGAAUAUUCAGCCUUAACCUCACUCGCAGAACUGCAGGAUGGAAGUGGAGAGGAUAAAACUGCCCAUCAUAUGGAGGGAAAUCCACAAAUGGAGGAAGUUCAUAUGCCUGAAAUUGUUGCUAGUGAUGGCAAACUGGUUUCAAACUUGCACAUGAGGCUACAAAGAGGAAUGAUAAAGACUGUAGAGACGAAUGUGGAGUCAACCCCCUCUGAUGUUGAAGAACCUGGUUUAACUUCGAAGCAAAAUGUUUCAAACUCAUCCCCUUUUCUGAAAGGCAAGAGGGCUAACAACCAUACUUUAAGCUACUCGCUGACUGAGAAAAUCAUUAAGAAAACAGUUCAGCGUAGUCAACGCAAAGCUGAGGAGCCAAGCAUGAUGCCAGGUUCUAGCCAGAAUACGAUGUCACUGCCACAAAAGAGAUGUAAAAAGCUUUCCAGUGUGCCAUUUUUUGUCGAGAUCAGAGGUUCAUGUGUUCAAAUGAACAUCUCAAAGUUGCAUGGGGACCUAAAUAGGAGCGAUGCUCCAAAGACUGAUUUUGCUGAAUCAGAGGCUUCGAUCGAUAAUCCCAGAGUAAAAGGCAUGGCACCCCUGCCUUUUGAUGCAAGUAGCUUGAUGAAAAUGAAGUUGUGCGAUUUGAGGGCCAUUGCAAGAUCACAGAAGCUAAAGAAAUACUCGACAAUGAAGAAAGAGGAUCUGGUCAAACAAUUGGAAAACCGAUUGAGUUGCUAAUGAAUAUACCAAUGGUCACUGUACAGGUAUGGAAGUAUGAGCUUUCUAAGGUGACCAGCGGCAAUAUCUGAUACUUGCGUCGGAGUCCGAGUAACAUAGAUCUUCACUCUUCAUUUAGGAAUGACAGGUUUGUUCAAGCGCAUACAAUCACACUAGAUAGGGGAAUUAGACCUGAUUCUAUGACUCAUCUACUGACAUUUGCUUUUUAUUCAACUUAAUCGGGAGAUUGCCGUAUGUAAAUAUUAAUCACAGGUUUGAUUUUGUGAAUGCAAGUAAGGCUUGUAUUUGGGCCAGUCUUUCCUUCUUUUAAA